AUGGCGCUGGUGGGAGAGGACGGCGACAUGACAUGGUUCUACAUGGCGGGAAUGGUGCUUGUGCUGAUCUUCUUCAUCAACUGGUACUUUGAGCAGAUGGCACAGGUGAAGAGACACGAUGCUAGGAAGAAGAGGAGGGCGAAUGCUGCUGGACUCCAGGACCAUCGCCGCCAGCCUACUGCCCAUGAUCUCAAAUCAGCAGAGCUGAAAAAGAACGACUGA